GACUCCCUCCGCGCGGGGGCGCGCACGCCGCCGUCCUCCUCGCCGGCAACGCGGCCCGCUGUGGUUGUUCCGGGGGGCGGGGCUGCUAGGGAACGUGCCGAGGCUGCUGAGUGAAGAGAGAAUUCUGCUAGAGGACAUGGCUGCUUCCUCCUCUUCCUCCUCAGCUGGUGGGGUCAGUGGAAGCUCCAUCACGGGAUCUGGUUUCAGCGUCUCAGACCUUGCCCCACCACGGAAAGCCCUUUUCACCUACCCCAAAGGAGCUGGAGAGAUGCUAGAAGAUGGCUCUGAGCGAUUCCUCUGUGAAUCCGUCUUCAGUUACCAAGUGGCAUCCACGCUUAAACAGGUGAAGCACGAUCAGCAAGUUGCUCGGAUGGAAAAACUGGCUGGUUUGGUGGAAGAGCUGGAGGCUGAUGAGUGGCGCUUUAAACCCAUCGAGCAGCUGCUGGGGUUCACACCCUCUUCAGGUUGACGUUGCCUGCAUGGUCCCCUCUGGGGCACAGCCACCCCGAGAGUCACAGAUGCACUGUGGAUUGCGUUGUAUGAAUUCACAUCCAUACUUGGUUUCUCUGCGUCCUUCCAUACUUAACAAAUAUUUAAAUUGUGUGAUGUUGCUGGAGAAGAUUAUUUGUUUUAAAAAGUAUUGGGAGUCAGAUUAAGACAAACAGGUUCAGAGAACCAGGAGGUUUGGGAUUUAAGAAAUAUUUAUAAAAUUUUCACGAGCCAAGUAGGACACAUGCCAGAAUUGACCAACUGAAUGGCAUAUAUCCUGUCAUUCAUUGGCUAUCUGGAAAUUUUCACCAGCCAAGUCCAAGGUCAUAUCAGUCAUAUAGUUAUGACCUAAAUGUUUCUUUUCACAGAUGAAUGUGAUUUUGACUCAGGACCUUCUAAGUGAGGAAUUUUAGAACAGUCUCUUUCCUUUUCUGCCCUAGUUUUAAACUCUGUAGAUUCCUUGGCUAACCUCUCCUAGAUAUGAUAAAUGGUUCCUCUUCUACCCCCAGAAAAAGAAGAAAAAAGAAAAGCCUUAUGAGUGCUGCAUGACUUGUAAAAAUAAAGUGACCAAAAUCCUUUUAA